UCAUGAGCGAACCCUACAAUGGAUCUCAAGGAAUUACUGAGAUUUAUUUAGGCAGGGCUCGCUUGUAGGGGAGACGGAGCUACCUAUCAGGUGAAAACUGUUUGAUGAUGCAAACAUUGGCACCUGUCAGCGCCAGUGUCGUGGUGUCGUAGAGGAAAACGGGGAUUCUGGUCCGAAUCCAUUCAUUUCCUGUGUUACCUUGCCUGGAGGUAACACAGGAAAUGUGUUACCAACUUCCUCAUGGGGGGACUGGGAACAGUGAAUGCUUGGGUUGUAAAGAUUUAAAUAAGCCGUGAAAAAAUGCCUCAAAAUUCGUGCAGUUGCACUAUUUAGUAAAUGUGGCAAGGCGUGUUAAAAUCAGUGGAACAAAAUGUUUAGGUUCAGAAUGCGGUCAAGUUGUUACAAAAUGUAUACAGACCAGCCCCAAGGUACCCAUCCGGCUGAGUCCCUUUCUCCCUCCAUCACCAUGAGUUGCUCUAAGAUGUCCCAGGACCUGUUGAGCUAUAAACAAUACGGCAAUUUAAACUCGACUUUAGACUGUGUCUUGUGAUUUUGUAUAUGGGCUUUAAAAACUCUCCAAGUAUCUAUUACUUGUUGCUUCCAGUAGGUAUUUUUUUCUAGCAACAGAUUCUCUCCAUUUGUAUUUCAAUCUGAUAGAGAUUCCUGGAAACCAAAUUGCUGGAAUUGUAUUUAAAAAAAUAACUCAGUUGAGUGAAAACCUUUAUCAGAGAUUACUUGGGCCAGUUUGGGAUUCUUAUUUCUUCUGGGUUUUCUGAAAUGUUGACUUCCAGGCUGUGUCUUACUGUAACCUCAAGCAACUACAUAGGAAAAAAAAAUCUGCUGAACUUUAAAUUUUAUCUAACUGGAAAGAUGAAACCUGAUGAAACACCAAUGUUUGACCCUAGUCUUCUCAAAGAAGUGGACUGGAGUCAGAAUACAGCUACAUUUUCUCCAGCCAUUUCUCCAACACAUCCUGGAGAAGGUUUGGUUUUGAGGCCUCUUUGUACUGCUGACUUAAACAGAGGCUUUUUUAAGGUCCUGGGUCAGCUGACAGAGACUGGAGCCAUCAACCCUGAACAAUUUAUGAAAUCUUUUGAGCAUAUGAAGAAAUCUGGGGAUUAUUAUGUUACAGUUGUAGAAGAUGUGACUCUAGGACAGAUUGUUGCUACAGCAACUCUGAUAAUAGAACAUAAAUUCAUCCAUUCCUGUGCUAAGAGAGGAAGAGUAGAAGAUGUUGUCGUUAGUGAUGAAUGCAGAGGAAAGCAGCUUGGCAAAUUGCUAUUAUCAACCCUUACUUUGCUAAGCAAGAAACUAAACUGUUAUAAGAUUACCCUUGAAUGUCUACCACAAAAUGUUGGUUUCUAUAAAAAGUUUGGAUAUACAGUAUCUGAAGAAAACUACAUGUGUCGGAGAUUUCUGAAGUAAAAAAGUCUCUUAACAAAGAAAUACUACUACAAGGCUGUACUCUUCAGAGAGAAAAUAUUGUUGCUGCAACCCAGUGACCUCCAUAAAUACUGGACUGAAAAAAAAAUCCCAAUACAAGUAUAAUGACAUUUAGAAGAUUACUUUGGGUUGGUGGGGCAUACUGAGUUUAGCUUACAAAUGAAUAUUAUAAAGGGGAUUUUUAACCAAAGGAAUAUAUUUUUAACUUGAAUCUUUUCUUGCAUUGUAUUUUUCUAAAGUUUGGCUUUGUUUCUUGGUAGUCAAUAUGGUAGUAAGGUGUUAAGUGUCUGCUAUCUAUACUGCUCUUUUUUUAAAAAGCAUACAUCAGGGCUGGCCGGCCUUGUUGACUGGGUUAAGCCACUGCUCAUGAUGCCAGCAUCCCAUUUGGAGCACUAAUUUGAAUGUCCUCUAUGCUCUACUUCCAAUCCAGUUUCCCGCUGAUGUGCCUAGAAAGAUGUCUUAAGUACCUGGGCCCCUGCCACCCAUGUGGGAGAGCAGGAUGGAGAGCCUGACUCCGGACUUUGGCCUGGCCCAGCUCCUACUGUUGAGGCCAUUUGGGGAGUAAGGCAGUGAAUAGAAGAUCUCUCUCACUCUCUCUGCCUGUCAAAUCUUUAAAAAGUUCAUACUGGAAUUAAAAACAAAUUUAUAUGUAUAUAAAGCAUACAUUGAAUAAGGAUGUUUCUUAUUAGAGUCAUAAUUUUUGUUUCAAAGAAACAUCUUAGAUCAUUUCCCACAUAUUAAUUACCUGAAGUUGGAUAAAUUACAACUAUAGUACAUCUAACAUUUGUUGAUCCUAAUACAAACAACAACCUGGUCAGCCUUUUAAAAUAGAAAAAUUUAAAUGUAAAGAUUCUGUAUAGACAAAGUACCAUCUCUUCUUUGUGAAAUAUAAUUAUUAAAGAUAAUUCAGAAUAUAGUGGGAUAUCUAAGGUACAGUGACUUAGCAAAUCUUCAAGUAUUUCUAAUCUGAUAAUCUUGUCAUGAGUAAUCUGAAGCCUCUCUUCCAAGUACCACUUUUAUGAAAAAUAUUACAAAAUUGAGUGGAAUACUUAAAUGUAUAGCACUGCAUUUGUCACAUCCUUAAAAUGCUGGUGGAUCUUUUUCCAUUUAAUGUGAUUAUAAUGGUACUGUUAUUCUCACUAUCCUGUUUUAUUUAUUUUAAUUAUUUCUUGAAGAAUUUGAAACUUUAUUAAUGGUUCUUAUCUUUUGCAUUCCAUGUCACAUUAAAUUGGUUCAUACGAUUGUCUUUUGUGAGAAUCCCAUCUGUGCUUUUUGAGUAUUCUAUUCAGCUAAUAAAGCCUUCAAAUUUUA